AUGCGUUGCAAAGAAAGCCACAGCGCAUGUUACUUCAGCGAUUGGCAUUUUGCUGUACCCUACCCGCGCGAGUACGUGGAACAUCUGGAAGAGCAACAAGAGCAACUGUCCAUUGCUCUCUUGAGAAUGCGCCGCCUACUGAAAGAGGCCAAUGUCCAGACCAUACCAGCACUUCCGGAGACGGAGCAAGCGCAAGACCUUCUUGUGCCUCUUCGCGAGGCCAAGGUAGACCAUCGAUCCAUCCAAGAGCUGCAGCAAAUCGGCGCUCCGUUCGGGAUGGGCGCCGUUGCGUACAAGAUUGAGGCCUUCGGUAUUUCCCCCAUUGUCAACGAGAUACCUCAAGCCACCAUAUCUUCCUCCGAGGUGCUCAAGCUUUCCACCGCCGUCAGCCCAUUCCGAAUUACCCACAAUCCCGCUGCAUCCACGAAUCCCGGAAGGAUCAUGCACCAGUGGUUCAUCGAGUGGAGAAGGAGYAUCACCGGCCGCUGGUGA